UCUCCUUCUCUUCUUAACCGUCUUCUCCGCGUUCAACUCGCGUGCAUUGCAGUCAGACAAAGCGAGAAAGGGAAGAGAAUCGGAGAGAGAGAGAGAGAGAAAGCUCCUAGAGAGAGAAGAGAGAGAGAGAGGGAGAGUCUAGAGAGAGAAAGCAAAGCCCAAACACCCCCCCUUUUUCACCAUUGUGACUUUCCUUCCGUUUCAGAGAACCCUUUUCAAAUUUUUUUUUGAAUUUUUUCUGGGCACUGGGCAUUUUGUGAUCGUCAUCUGGGUUCUCUCGAUCUCCGUCUUUUUCUGGGUUUCACUUUUUUCUUCUCCUCAGAUCCUCUCCUUUUCAUUUUUAUCUCCGCUUUUAAAAAUCGGAUUUUUGAAGACACGGUUGUGUUUGUCUAGCAAUUCUGAAUUUCAGCCUCGUGGGUGUGUGUUUUUCCAAGGAAAGGUUCAGUUUUUCAUAGUGGGAAAGUGUCAAAGGGAUUGAUUCCUAUCUGGGUGUUGAUGCCAUUGUUGGUGUGUGUUUUCUGAGAGCCAUGAUGUUGACCUCAAAUGUGUCGUUCUGAAGUGAUAUGGAAGUCGUAGUUAACGGUUUCAACAACAUCAACAACAACUUAAGCAAUAAGAACAACAACAACAAGAAGAACAACAUGUCUUUUUACAUUGGUCGCGAGGCUUCCAAGCUAUGGAAGAGAUUUUGUGCAGAGACAACUACCGAGAUCAACCUCCUUGCGGAGAAUUGGAAAUACCUUCUUGCUGGUGUAUUUUUUCAGUACAUACAUGGUUUGGCUGCACAUGGAGUUCAUUAUUUACAUAGGCCUGGCCCUACACUACAGGAUCUUGGGUUCAUGCUUCUUCCGGAGCUUGGGCAAGACAAAGCUUACAUUAGUGAAUCAUUGUUUUCCUUUAUUUUCUUAUCCUUUGUCCUUUGGACAUUUCAUCCUUUCAUAUUUAAGAGCAAAAAGAUCUACACAGUUCAUAUAUGGUGCAGGGUUCUAUCUUUCUUAGUUGCUUCCCAAGCCCUUCGCAUAGUGACAUUUUAUGCUACACAGCUUCCUGGUCCAAAUUACCAUUGCCGGGAGGGAUCAAAACUUGCUAGACUGCCUCAUCCAGAUAGUGUCCUUGAAGUCCUCUUGAUUAAUUUUCCUCGUGGUGUAAUAUAUGGAUGUGGUGAUUUGAUAUUUUCAUCACACAUGAUCUUUACUCUAGUCUUUGUUCUUACAUAUCAUAGAUAUGGCACUAAAAGAUGUAUAAAACAACUAGGGUGGUUUCUUGCUGUGUGUCAGUCUCUUUUGAUUGUAGCAUCACGCAAACAUUACUCAGUUGAUGUAGUUGUUGCCUGGUAUACUGUUAAUUUGGUGGUGUUUUUUGUCGAGAAGAAACUACCAGAAUUGCCAGACCGGACAAAUAUUGCUGCAACCAUGCUGCUACCAUUAAGCACCAAGGACAAAGAUGAAAGGGCCAAGGAAGAGAAUCACAAGUUGUUGAAUGGGAAUUCAAUUGUUGACCCUGCAGAUUGGAGGCAGAGAACUCAAGUAAAUGGCAAGAUUCUGGAAGAUGGCCAUGCACACCAUGCCGACACUGCAAUGAAUGGUGCAUAGAUGUGUGAGCUUAUGUUGCACAAAGUUGAAAUCUGCUGCAAUGCAACACUGCCUUUGGGAAGUUACAACUUACAGCCUACAACUACAAUUAGAUUUUGUUACUAGGGAGGAAAUAUUGGUAGCACGAGUUGUAUUAUUGUAACUGGGUUGUGUGCUUUUUAACAUAUUGCAGCCCUGAUCCAUUGUUAAAUGAUCUAGCAUCAGCAGUGUGCUAUAGCAAAAUUUUCCAAUUCACAUUGCCUCAUUCAGAACCAUGUGGAUAGUCCUUCCAGUUUCUAUUUUGGUGCACCAUGACCAUGCUGCUUACAUGAUGAGGAAAUGUGAUAUACAUAAGCUUCUGAUGUAAGAGUUAAUUCGAAUUACUAGGCCAAUAGAUAAAGUAAAACAUUUUGUCGCUUACUGACCAAAGGGUUGGUGGAAGAAAUCUUGUGUCCUCUCAGGACAAUGUCAGUCCCUGAAAAUGUAAAAACAUGGCACAUGGUGUGCACACAUGAUUGAAUCUAGAAAAUUUCAAAUUUAUAUUAAAUUUCUGCUGUUGAGACAA